AUGAUUAUACAUCCCGACGAUCUGAACAAGCUUCGCCAGGAGAUAGACCAACUACGCCUUGUCAGUGGUCGACUUGCUCAAGGUGGAGACGCGAAGAAAAGCAUUGAAGGAGCCGGAGAAUUGCUUAGACAGCCUUCUUUGGAAUCUGUAGCUUCAAUGGCCAGUCAUCGGUCCUCGAUGUCAUCAUCAAGUAAAUCAAGUCGAACGGAUAAAAGCAGCCUGAAUAGUUUUGGAAAGUCGAAGAAAAGCUGGACAAAUGGAGUAGAUGUUCAGAUCCGCUCCUCACUAACCAAGGCUUUUUCGAAAAAGAAGAAAGGUGGUGGAACGUCUGAUACAGAAAGUUCACCACAUCAUGCGCUCAACACAAUCAGCGGAUCUUCAAGCAGGCUAGAUGAGGUCGAAGUUGACGAGCUCAAAAAGAAGUUAGAAGACCGAGAUGUGGCCCUAACCGACAUCCGCUUGGAUGCCUUGGACAAGGCCAGAGAAGUCGACAUUCUUAGGGAAACCGUGAAUAGGCUAAAGCAUGAAAAUAAACAACUCAAGAACGAUAUGUCCCGCUUGUUGGCUGGCCGAGGAUCCCGAGCAUCGUCCCAAGCCUCUAUUCCUAUGCUUGGUGAUGAAGAACCUGUCUAUGAAGCUCCACCAAGUAGCGCUAGUGGGAGCUACUCCAGCAAAAGAUCCUCCGGCUGCAACUCAGUGAAAGUAACUGUAAAUGUUGAUCUACGUGGAACAAUAAGCAAUGCGAUUUGCCCUGAUAAUGAGAUUAUCAUUGGAUUCUUGGCCAUUCCCGGAAAAGAAACCACCUGGGAAGAACUGGACCAGCAAAUUUUCACCCUUUUCGAGGCUUACAUAGCCCGUAUUGACCCGGACCAUCAUCUUGGACUACAUUGCUCAGAAAGUGUAAUAGGUUACCAAAUGGGAGAUGUGGUCCGGGAGAAA